UAUUUGCAAAAUAGAACAAACUUCAUAAUAGAAAAACACUGUACAAUAGUAGUAGUGUCCCAGUUAGCAACAUAUAGGUGCAAUACUACUCCUAUACGCGUGGUGGCAGACGCGAAUCACGGUGCCUGGAAGAGCUUCAGUUUAGCCAAUGACAAUGAGUGGCAGUGCCAGGUGAUGGAUCGGCCGAUCCUAGACCAGUUGUACAGUUAAAACUAUAUGAUCAAGUAAAAUCAACUGUAGAUCAGCUGUCAAGAGGAGGGUGAGAAAGCUACCGGCUAACGAGUGGGAGACAGAACAAUGCCCAAGUCUGGAUUGCUGGUGACUGGAGAUGGCCUCAACGUGAACCUACUUUUGCAGACAGUCUCUGAAACCUCACUGGUCCAAGAUGAGCAUAUAGCAAAGACACAAACAGACUCUAAACCAGCAGAGAAGAUCUGCGUUACUCCCAUCCACCUGCGUCCAGAUCUGCUGAUUCCUUGUGCAGACCUGGUCAAUGCCGAGUGGCAGAGGAGCCAGUCCGCCCGUGUUCACUCCCUGCAAAAAUCCUGUCCGGAUUUCCCCAUCCACCUAGUGUUGCUCCUGCAGGUUCCUGGACAGGUGGAGAGGCUGCUUGGACACGCCCGCCUCUCAAGGGUCGUAGGUCAUAGUGGGAGCCUGUUUGUGGAGUCGGUGGUGGUGUCCAAGGAGGAGAGAGGGAAAGGCUACGGACGAACUCUGAUGGAGGACACUGAGCGCUAUGCCAAAAGCCGAGGGUUCAAACGCUUGUGCUUGACUACCCAUGAUAAGCAGCACUUCUACACCCACCUGGGGUACAAGUUGUCCACGCCGGUGCAGAGUGCGGGUGCCAUGGCGUCAUUCAUUCCCAUGGAGAUGCUUCUCAGGUUCUCCAGUGUACCAAAUGGAGGGCCUACUCUGCAGAAACAAAGGGAUACUGAAGUCGAAAAAGGGAUGAUUCCGUGUCCUCCUCCUCCACCACCUCUUACAUCUGCUAUACCUCCUCCACCACCUCCACUCUCCUUCAACCCUCCUCCAUUAGGCAUAUCACCUGUGGUUCAGUCUCUCACAGAAACGCCUUACAGAGACGCCAAGGGAGUGUCCAUCUUCUGGAUGCACAAAGACCUAUGAAUGACACCUCUGGGGGAAAGGAAAUUGUUUUUAAAAAAGAAGAAAAGAAAUAAUACAAAAGUGUAUUUUUUUUAAACAAACUACAUUCAUCUUGUACUGUGUACACUUACUAUCCAUAACAUUAUGUGCCUGGCUUCAGAGUGUGGUUGAAGUUUAUACUUGGCCUGUCACGAUAACAAAUUUUGCUAUUAAUUAUCCUUUGAGUCGCCAUUGUAUCAUGUCACGUUUGAGCUACUAGAUGGCACUCAAUUGUAGUGUUCCUGUGGGGGACACACUAUAUUAGCGAUGGCGUCGCACACAAUUGUGGUGUCAAAAGAACUACACAUACAGCAAUGCAAUAAGUGGAUAAAAACACAAUACACUACCAACGUAUAACGCAGAAUAUUACCAAAGGCUAUGUGAGCUGUAACCAUGUGCUUUUCAGCCUUUUUGUUGUUGGACAUAUUUGUGCCAAUUUUUAAAAAAUAUAAUUCAAACAUGCAAUAAAAGUAUGUUGUUCCAGCAUAACAUGUAUCGUUUCACAAUAUUUAGUAUGGCAAUAAAACCGCAACAACAAAA